AAUUGUUAAAUGGUUACUGAAAAUCUGUGGCUUCGCGUUAUGUUACAUGGGGGAUAACGAGACGCUAGGCAACAUUAAACUGCCUCUUUUUUGAAUGGAGUCUGGUCGCAAACGGGACGUUAGCGUUGCAGGUUCCUGCAUCACAGUGGCGAUUAUUAUCUACCGUCGUCUCGAUGUGAUGGAGGCCAGGGAUCAGUUCACUGUGAAGAGAUCUUCUCGAGAUGUUGCCUCAACACCUGAAGCAGAUCAGAGUCCUGAUGCUUAACGACAAGGAGAAUUUACAGAGAAACCUGUUCAGACUUGAACAAGGUUUUGAGCUCCAGUUCCGCCUGGGUCCGAGCCUGCAGGGGAGGAGGGUUAUGGUACACACCAACUAUCCACUUGACGAACAGAGAUUUCAGCGGAACAAGUUCCGUGUUCUGGCGUGGAACUACCCAACAGGGAGGGAGGAUGACUCGGAUAAGUUCUGCUGUCUGGACCUCAAGAUUGCCGGGUCCUAUGAGUACUACUUUGGAUAUGGAGACACAGAGCGGUCAGGAGGAGGAUACAUCGUUGUUGACCCCGUCCUUCGUGUGGGAGCAGACAGUCACGUCCUCCCAUUAGACUGUAUCUCCAUCCAGACCUACCUGUCCAAAUGUCUGGGACACUUGGAUGACUGGCCAGAUAGGCUGAGAGUAGCCAAGGAGUCAGGAUACAACAUGAUCCACUUGACACCUCUGCAGACUCUUGGAGAGUCCAGGUCAUGUUACUCCUUGGCAGACCAGCUGGCCUUAAACCCUGACUUCAGCCCAGAGGGUCAGAGCUACAGCUGGGAAGAUGUAGGGACGCUGGUGGAGAAGUUAAAGAAUGAGUGGAACAUGCUGUGUAUUACAGAUGUGGUGUAUAAUCAUACUGCUGCUAACAGUGUGUGGAUCAAAGAACAUCCAGAGUGUGGUUACAACCUGGUGAACUCUCCCCACCUGCGACCGGCCUGGGUCUUAGAUCGAGCGAUCUGGCAUCUGACCACCAGAGUAGCAGAGGGACGCUACAAAGAUAAAGGACUUCCUGCUGACAUUACCAAUGAGAGCCAUCUGAACGCUAUCCGCAGUGUGCUGUGGCAGGACGUGUAUCCUCAGAUCAAACUAUGGGAGUUCUUCCAGGUCAACGUGGACAGUGCUGUGGAGCAGUUCAGGACCCUGCUACAAAAUGGCACCAAGUCAGACAUCAGUAAGACUUUUGGGAAGAAGGGUCUGAAGAUCAUUCAGGACCCAAAUUACCAACGUUAUGGCAACACAGUGGACAUGGACUCUGCUCUGGAGACAUUUGUACCUCACAGCUCGUCCCCGCAGCACAUCGAGGAGUGCUGUGGUUGGCUGCGACAGAAACUGAACGAGCUGAAUGAAGAACAGCACCACAUCGUGCACCAGCAUCAGGAGCAGGCUGCCAACUGCAUUGUGGGAAAUGUAGUGUAUGAGCGUCUGGCAGACCACGGCCCCAAACUUGGUCCUGUUAGCAGGAAAAACCCUCUGGCUACCAGGUAUUUCACCUACCCAUAUCAGGACUUGACUCUGGAGCAUGAGAUGCAGCUGCUGGACCAGCCGGACAAGAUGUGUCACUUCCUGGCACACAACGGUUGGGUGAUGGGCGAUGAUCCACUGCGCAACUUUGCAGAACCAGGCUCCAACGUGUACCUGCGUCGGGAGCUGGUAUGCUGGGGUGACAGUGUCAAACUCCGCUAUGGCAAAGGGCCCGAGGACUGCCCGUACCUGUGGGCCCACAUGCAGAAAUACACUGAAAUCACAGCCCAGUAUUUCCAUGGAGUCAGACUGGACAACUGCCACUCUACACCAUUGCAUGUAGCUGAGUUCAUGCUGGACGUGGCCAGAACAGUUUGUCCUAACCUGUAUGUGGUGGCUGAACUGUUUACCGGUAGCGAGGAGCUCGACAAUGUCUUCGUCACCAAACUAGGGAUCACAUCGCUCAUACGAGAGGCCAUGUCAGCUGGUGACAGCCAUGAAGAAGGCAGACUGGUCUAUCGUUACGGAGGCGAGCCAGUCGGAGCUUUUGUCCAGCCUAGUCUCCGCCCACUGAUCCCCUCCAUCGCCCACGCCAUGUUCCUUGAUGUAACCCACGACAAUGAAUGUCCCAUACAGCUGCGCUCAGCGCUGGACUCCCUCCCCAGCUCUGCUAUGGUCUCUAUGGCUUGCUGUGCUACUGGUUCCACCAGAGGAUACGAUGAAUUAGUGCCACAUCAGAUCUCUGUGGUGAAGGAGGAACGUUUUUACCCGAAGUGGAACGCCUCGGCGUCCCACACCUCCACUGGUGAGGUCGGACUCCAGACUGGCAUCAUAGCUGGGAAACUGGCUCUCAACAAGCUGCACCAGGAACUGGCUGCUCAGGGAUUCAUACAGGUGUAUGUAGACCAGGUUGAUGCAGAUAUUGUCGCAGUUACACGUCAUUGUCCCAGCACACACCAGUCAGUGGUGUCCGUGUGCAGAACCGCCUUCUGGAACCCCAAAACCCACCAGUACGACACCAACGUCCCGCCCAUGUUCAUCCCCGGGAAGAUAGAGGAAGUGGUACUGGAGGCAAGGACAGUAGCAAGGGAUGCUGGGAGUUACAAGAAGGAUGACAAAUACAUCAACGGCAUGCCAGAAUACACAGUGGAAAUAAAAGAGCACAUACCGUUACAAGAGAGUACAGUGGUGAAGCAGGCUGGAGUGACAUCUAAAGGUCGAUCAGAGUUUGUGCAGGAAAUCACCUUUCAGAAGUUGACACCCGGCAGCGUCAUUGCCUUCAGAGUUAGUUUGGACCCCAAGGCCCAGAAGCUGGUGGGGGUGCUGAGGUAUUAUCUGUCCCAGUUCAGCCCAAAAUACAGGAGAGGCAGCGUAGCAGACGAAAACACACCAGAAGCCCUGCAGAAACCCCUGGCACAGCUGAUGUCUAAGCUGACAUUGGCAGACCUGAACAUCCUGCUGUUUCGCUGCGACUCAGAAGAACAAGAAGAUGGUGGAGGCUGUUAUAACAUCCCAGGAUGGGAGAGCCUGAAAUAUGCUGGGCUACAAGGUCUGAUCUCAGUGUUGGCUGAUAUCCGUCCCAACAAUGACCUGGGCCAUCCUGUGUGUGCUAAUCUCAGACAGGGGGACUGGCUGAUAGACUUUGUCUCCAACAGACUGAAAAACAGAGAGGGAACCCUGGGACAGGUGGGUCAGUGGUUGGAAGCCAUGUUUAACUACCUGAAACACAUCCCACGCUACCUCAUCCCCUGUUACUUUGAUGCCAUCCUGGUAUCAACCUACACCACCGCCCUGGACGCAACUCACAAACUCAUGUCGAGUUUUGUCCAGAAUGGCUCCAGCUUUGUUCAUCACCUGGCACUGGGUUCAGUUCAGAUGUGCGGUGUUGGACGCUUCCCUGCGCUCCCUCCUCUUUCUACCAAACUGGAGGACGUUCCCUACCGCAUCAAUCCAAUCACAGGCCAGAAGGAGCAGUGCUGCGUCUCAUUGGCUGCAGGUCUUCCUCAUUUCUCCUCUGGAAUUUUCCGUUGCUGGGGCAGAGACACUUUCAUCGCUCUCAGAGGACUGUUGCUGCUCACCGGGAGACACACUGAGGCUCGUAACAUCAUCCUGGCCUUUGCGGGGACGUUGCGUCACGGUUUGAUCCCCAACCUGCUGGGUGAGGGUCGCUCUGCUAGAUACAACUGUCGUGAUGCCGUGUGGUGGUGGCUGCAGUGCAUCCAGGACUACGCCACCCACGUUCCUCAAGGGCAGGAAAUCCUUUGCUGUCCUGUCACACGCAUGUAUCCUAAUGAUGACAGUGAACCCUGCAAACCUGGAGAGGUGGAGCAGCCUCUGCAUGAUGUGAUCCAGGAGGCUCUGCAGCGACACCUGGAGGGAAUUUCCUUCAGGGAGAGAAACGCUGGACCCAAGCUGGACAUGAACAUGAGAGAUGAAGGGUUCAGCGUGGCUGUUAAGGUGGAUCCAGCCACAGGAUUCGUGACUGGAGGCAACCGCUUUAACUGCGGUACAUGGAUGGACAAAAUGGGAGAGAGCGAGAGAGCGAGGAACAAAGGCAUGCCCGCUACUCCAAGAGAUGGAGCGGCAGUGGAGAUAGUUGGUCUCAGUAAGUCAGCAGUUCGCUGGGUGGUGGAGCUCCAUGACAAAGGACUGUUCCCUUAUGAUGGAGCUAAAGUGCACAGAGAUGGUACAGAAGCAUUUAUCUCGUACGCCCAGUGGAACCAGCAGCUCCAGCAGUCCUUUGAAGCAGGUUACUGGGUGUCCGGGGACCCAAAUGACCCCAAUGAGAAACACCCUGAUCUGGUGCAUAAGAGAGGCAUCUAUAAGGACAGCUAUGGAGCCUCCAGCCCCUGGUGUGACUACCAGCUGAGACCCAACUUCACUAUUGCCAUGGUGGUGGCUCCAGAGCUGUUUACAGUGGAGAGAGCCUGGAAGGCUCUGGAAGUGGCUGAGAAGAAGCUACUGGGACCACUGGGAAUGAAGACUCUUGACCCUGAUGACAUGGUGUACUGUGGUGUCUAUGACAACUCUCUGGACAACGACAACUACAACCUUGCAAAAGGCUUCAACUACCACCAAGGACCUGAGUGGCUGUGGCCUGUAGGCUACUUCCUGCGUGCUAAACUCUACUUUGCCAAGAAGCUGGGAGAAGAAACCUACGCUAAAACAGUCACCCUGGUGAAAAACGUUCUGUCACGACACUACACACACCUGGAGAGGUCUCCAUGGAAGGGUCUGCCAGAGCUGACCAAUGAGAAUGGCCAGUACUGCCCGUUCAGCUGCGAGACCCAGGCGUGGUCUCUGGCCACCGUUCUGGAGGUCCUCUAUGACCUCUGAAUGGCCGACACCCUGUCUUACUUCCUGAAGCAGAAGUUUCACUGAAGAGGAAUGUCACUUUGAAACACGAAGCUGGCUGUGAGUAGAAACACGCAGAGAGCACCUGGCCUUCUCUGUUUCCACCGUUGUUUAUACAGAUUGAUGCGGGAACGGCCUAUCAUUGGAUGCUUCAAAUUACAUUUAUAUACAAUAAAUAUAUGACAGAAUAUUAUGUGAUUUCUGUCACUUCUUUUGGGUGACAGUUGAUUCGAACUUUGCCCUUCUGUUCAGCUCGUAGAAAAUCACUGCUCUCUGUGUGUUUCUGCCCUUUAGUUUGGAAAUGUUUGCAAUUUAACACAUAUUUCAUUUCACUUGGUUGCUUCUGAUGGCCUUUAGUCACCUGUCAUGACCCCUUAACCGAUUCCCUGAACUCAUUUUAGUUAAUGUAACAUAAAUGCUGAAUACCUCCAGGUUUAGCAAUAGCAAUAUAUUUAUAUUUGCAUUGAAAUUGGCGUCAGAUGAUGGAUUCUAAGAUUACACUGCUGACGCCGUGGCAACACAAGGAUUCAUAUCAACAAUACUUUUGUUGUCAUUUUCUUGACCUGAGCAACGUCCAAACCUUUUAAGGUGACUGGUUACAAGUUGUAGCACCGGUGAUUUACUUCGUUCUCCAAGCUGUUUAAAUGUGGACUUUUAACGUCCCUGUUCCAUACAGUACCAAACCCUUCACCUGAUGCCUUUAUGCACAUUAUAUAAAAUAUAUAAAAUCCUGCAAAGUGUCUUCCAGCUGUUUCCCAUUUCACCACAUUUUCUUCACAAGCCUUAUGGUGUAGUUUUUAACUGUGUAUUAAUGUUCAAAAAUGGGUUUUGUGCUUCCCGAGGUUUUUUCAAGCAGUUUUCUCUGGUGUGUAACGAGGCUGUAGAUCUCUGCUGACGGCCUUCCCGUCUCAUAUCUGUAGAUGUUACACCUGACACACCAGCAUCCAAAAGAAGGAAUCUGGUGAGCAGAACUGAAACACAGGGAAAUAAAUAUGAACCGACAUGCUAAGAAAAGUCACCGUGUGUAUCUAACAUGUUGGAAGUACAGGUGAGCCACUGGUGUUAACUGUCGUCCUGACACAUAUAGCCUCUUUGGAUUCUUGUUUCCUUAGUGAAAAGCCUAAAUUUACUAACAUUUUAAACGCCCACUCGGGUUAGCGGCCAGUAUAUUUGGAAGAGUGCCACCUGGUGUAUAGAAAACAGCAGCACCCUGCGUAGAGUUGUAAGACGCUGACGCUUUGUCAGGACUUGAAAGGUACUAACAUAUUUAACUGAAGCUAAAGGUAGUGUUACUUUGUUGAGAAGUAAAAUUAUUGGUUUUAACACCAAGGGAAUGUAUUAAUAGAAAAAGUAAAACUACUUGCCAUUUGGAGAACUAACUAUUUAAACAAAGUGAUAUCGCUUCUCUACAGUCAUACAGUCCAGUCAUGAAAAACAAUGCAAAGCCCUGUGAACGUAAACUGUAAUGUUAAUUUUAUUAAACAGUAUUAAAGAAUCUUAAUAUUUGUGUAAACCCCACCACCCUCCCGUGUGACAUGCACAUGUGUACCUGCUGUUUAAUCAGUGUCUGUGGUCUGUAAUGUUGUUUACUCUGUUUGCGUUGUGUUAUAGUUGUCAGUAGCAAUGCUGAAUAAACUGUGCCAUGACUUA